UGGUACAAGAUAAACACACACCAGUUCAAGAUGUUUUACGAGAAGAAAUCAUGGUCUGACGCAAAGUCGCACUGCACAUCUAUUGGAGGUGACUUGGCUUCCUUUGGAUCGGCCACAGAAUAUCAAUUUGUGCGUGAGGUCCUUCUCUAUCCCAACUUUCUGAUGAACAGACGGUUGGAUGAAUACACUUUGAUUAAUGACGCACUAAUUGAAACCGAAAACAACCGAAGAUCUUUGUACUUUGAUGGUAGAGAUGACCAGGCAACAGUCCCAAGUGUUAAUUUUCAUAGUACCGAUUUCACGAUUGCUUUUUGGUUCAARAACCCGCAAGCAUCCUAUGGAUUUUUCAGUUUUUUCAAUGAUGAAAGACAAAGCUCAAACAGGAUGUUUGCAAUUUACGUGUACUWUGGUGGGAUGKCUUGUUCGUUCUUUAAUAUCUUUGGUGACCUAUUUGAAAUAGGACUUCCAUCAAGCCAAAUGCCUCUCAGCCAGUGGAAUCACGUGGCGGUCACAUGGUCUCGUUCAACCAAACGAUUCAAUCUCUUUAUUGAUUCAAUCUUCAAAAAGUCCGAAGUGAUAACUCUUGAAAAUGUAGACCUUCGAGACAGUGGUUUCAAUACAUUUCAAGUUGGUAACAAAAAUGGCGGACAGCUUUACAAGGGAUGGUUGAGUGAUAUUGUUAUUCUACCUCAUGCUUUGGCACAGGCAGAAAUAAAAUCUCUUAAAGAUGGCAAGUUGUUUGGCGCGUGGAUCGGUUUAAACGACAUCAGUAAAGAAGGCACCCUUAAGUGGUCAGACAAUACACCUCUGACCUACACAGCCAGUGUACAAAACCAAGGCAUUGAYAAUGACUGYGUUUACCUGAGAAAAGACAGCGAUGAAGUCACGUCUUGGAGAUUGRAGAAAUGCACUGGUAGCAAUCCCUUUAUCUGCAARAAAAUUUAACAUGGAACGACACAGAUCAUACCAGUCAGAGAAAUGAUUGAAYAGAGACUGAAAUAUCAAAGGAGCCGACGGGGUCUGUUCUUCUAAAUAACUGUUCUUGUACGAUUUUUUACCUGGGAARAGGGAUUUUGAGAUACAUUGUUGACAAACACACAAGCAAAUGUGGCGCCCUUCCUUCUUURAAAUAAUUUUGUUCCUGCCAAACGUUUUAAGGUWAAAAAGGCUUAUAUAAAACGCUUUUAUGGUCAAAAAUGACUUAUAUUUUUUUUAGUUGGGAAAUUCAGUUUUAUUUUCCUGGCAAACAUUCCUAGAAAGUAUUCCUUGCCUGGAGAGUUCUUUUUUCCUGAAUUUCUCGCUGGCAACCGGUUGUGUGUUACAGCUGGAUGGGAAUUAACAACAGAUAUAUAUUUCUCCAGGAACCCGUUGGCUCCUCCUACAUUUAUAAUUUAAAGCAUGCUAUAAGCACAGGCAAC